GCCACGUCUACUAGAGUUCGGCUUCGUAGAGGUGGGGCUAAUACAGGGCCGAAUAUACAUCCAGAGGAUACGCGCCUUGAACGCAGUAACCGCCUAGAUGUUCGAUCUACAGCCUAGCGUCAGUCAUCUUGCUUUUGUCCACGAGCCCGACUGGUGCGUCCACUUGGCAUCUUCCCCUUUCCUCGACGACGCCUCACACGCACAAGUCGCGCAAUGGGGUGUCAAUGGGCAGAUUGAGGUCGGUCAGAGGUGCCGGAGUGCCGAUAAACAGGCUGCCAAAGGAUCGAGUGUUGACGGAUUGAGUGCCGGUGGACAGAGUGCAGAUGAACAGAGUGUCUGGCAUGGCUGGAGCGACGCCCGUAUGCAAGGUAUCCUGCCGCCGGCCCUUUCCGCUCGCAUCCCGCUCGAGGUCUUCGAGCUCAUCGUCGACGCGAUCAGGUAUCAGCCCAGGUUGGCCGCCAUGGCGCUGGUCUGCCACACAACAUGGUACCCUCGAGCGAUGCACAACCUCUACUACAGUGUCGAGCUUCGCAGCCGCACAAGCUACAACAUGUUGUUCAAGCAGUGUCACGCGUCGCUACGCUUCAAGCAGUGGCUCGCAAGCACAUGCGAGCUGGUGGUAGAUGAGGGUAAGGCCGAAGACACGAGCAUGGAAAGCCCGCAGUAUGGAAACAAGAGCAAUCAUGAUACUCGCUUCCUUCAAGCACUACCGCUCGCGCUCGCUGCUCUGAUGCCUCGUGUACGCAUCCUUCACACCCGGAAUGGAGGACUUCGUUUCAUCCGCACAGACUUCUUCCUCGCCCUGUCGAGGUACAAGUCUGUCAAGUCGUUAACGCUUUGGCACUGCCUUCUGAACAACAUCACGCAGCUGCGGCGGAUUGUAUCCGCCUUCCCUCAGCUUACAAACCUCACGAUGCAUCAGGUUGACUUCCCUCAACGAGGUGCUGCCAGUCAUGCGGGAAGCUCACUAUUUCAGCCAUCGUCUCGCAUACGCCUUCGAUACCUUCACGUCCAUAUGCACGGAGAAGUCAUGGCGAUGUUCGUUGACUGGAUGAGGCGCUCGGGCCUCUGCACCUCACUUGCGGAUCUGACAGUCCAGUUCAACGAUCUCUCCAUGGUACAGACCUCUCUUAACAAACUCCUCGAAACGGCAGGGGCAUCGUUGACCCGUUACCGCGAGAGUACCUAUAGCUACAAUGGUCACAUAAAUCUGUUACAAAACACCGCCUUGCGAUCCUGGCACCCAGCACUGCCAACCAUCGAAUACACGGCCGAAGACCAGGGAUUGCGCGCGGCGUGGACCAAAGCAGUGUACGAGUUCUACAGCAUUUUCUCCACCAUCCGAAGCCGUCAGCUCGAGCACUCAAGAUCGACGUUCCCGUCAACAGCAGCCUACUACUCGAGCCUGAGUGACCCAGCGCUGUCCUCGUGAAGCUCGACCUGCGGGACCUGCAUUAGGUCAUGAGCCGGCCAUACUUCGACACAUUGGAGGAUGUCGAGGUGAAACUGUAUCUGUUGGUUCGGACCCCUCAGACCAGGCUGAAUGCUCGAAAGCUCGAGGCCAUGUUCCGUGGUGGCAUAUUACUGCCAUGGAAUGCCCGUAA